AUGACAGCUAGACUGUACAGUGGCCAGCUCAGCACGCUCACUCACCCUUCCGCUAUAAAACCACCCCACACUCACCCUAUUUUCACUCAGACUCAACCUUCAAUUCCCUCUUUUCUUUCUUCAUCCAUGGCUUCCUCUUCAUCUUUCCUUUUUACUACAUUGUUUCUUUCACUAUAUGUUUGCUCUGUGAUUUCAACUGCUAAAUUUGAUCAGCUGUUUCAACCCUACUGGGCUGCUGAUCAUUUCUCCUUUGAUGGCGAGGCCGUCAAUAUGAAGCUCGAUAACUUUUCGGGAGCUGGAUUUUCGUCCAAAUCGAAGUAUAUGUUUGGAAAAGUCAACAUUCAAAUCAAGCUUGUUGAAGGUGAUUCCGCCGGAACUGUAACUGCAUUUUACAUGUCAUCCGACGGUCCCAAACACCAUGAGUUCGACUUCGAGUUCCUCGGAAACACCACCGGCGAACCUUACGUUGUCCAGACCAAUGUUUACGUCAAUGGCGUCGGAAACAGGGAACAACGAUUGAACCUCUGGUUCGACCCUACCAAAGACUUCCAUUCCUACUCCGUCCUCUGGAAUCAGCGUCAAGUUGUGUUUUUGGUCGACGAGACGCCGAUCAGGGUUCACUCUAAUUUAGAGCACAAGGGUAUACCGUUUCCUAAAGAUCAAGCCAUGGGUGUGUACAGUUCGAUUUGGAAUGCGGAUGACUGGGCCACACAAGGUGGUCGGGUCAAGACCGACUGGACCCAUGCCCCUUUUGUAGCAUCGUACCGUGGGUUCGAAAUCGACGGUUGUGAAUGUCCGGUGACAACGGCGGAUACCGACAAUGCGAAGCGGUGUGCGAGCAGCGGCGGUUGGUGGGAUCGACCGGUGUUGUCGGAGUUAAAUGUGCAUCAAAGCCAUCAGUUGAUUUGGGUGCGGGCUAACCAUAUGAUAUACGACUACUGCAACGAUGCCGCUAGGUUUGCUUCGGUGCCGGUUGAAUGCGAACACCACCGCCAUUAGUGAGACUGGUUACGGUUAGGGAUUGGAUGGUUGUGUAAAAAGAUGGAAAGAACAAAACAUGAGCUUCAUGUUUUACAUAUUUUGUUAUUGUAAGGUAUUUAAUUUUAAUCUAUUUUAUUGGUUUAUCACUA